AUUUAUAUAUAAUCAGGACACCUUCUCUUCUCUUCUCUCGUCUCGUCUCCUUCCUCGGCUCGGCAUUUUCGCGAAAUCCGCAACAAAAUCCACGGCGGCAACGAAGCCCGGGGGCGGGGGGACCCUACAGCGCAGCCGCACAGAGAAGGGGAAGGAAGCCUACUACUCUACUAGUCCUACCCCUACCCUACCCUACGGCCUAGGGGGAGGGGGGGAGGAGAGAAUCCACCAAGUGAAGGAUAUGGAGUGCAACAGAGAUGAUGCAAUUCGAUCAAAGGAGAUUGCUGAAAGGAAGUUCAAUGAGAAUGAUAUCGCUGGUGCGAAGAGGUUUGCCUUGAAAGCAAAGACUCUUUUCGACUCGCUUGAAGGUAUUGAUAAUAUGAUUUCUGCCUUGGAUAUCCACAUAAGGGCACAGACGAAGAUUGAAGGGGAGAAUGAUUUGUAUGGAAUAUUAGAUAUAUCGGCCUCUGAUGACGAUGAAAAGAUCAAGAAGCAGUACAGGAAGUUGGCCUUACAAACUCAUCCUGACAAGAAUAAAUUUUCUGGUGCUGAAAGUGCCUUCAAGCUCAUCCAAGAUGCUUGGGAUGUUCUGUCUGAUAAGGACAAGAAGAGAUCAUAUGAUCAGAAGAGGUUUGGUGGUUCCUCAAGAGUAUAUCAGAAUGGCUUUGCGGAAAAUGCUAAUGCCACUCCUGGUUCCACUAUGUCAAGUAUGAAUGGUUUCUUCUGGCAAAAUUCUGGUAGGCACCCUUCUUAUGCAACAGACACAUUUUGGACAUACUGUGAUUCUUGUCAAAUGAGUUUUCAGUACUCCAGGGAAUACGUCAACCGAAAUCUGGCGUGUAGUUUCUGCCAAACAGAAUUUGUUGCUGUUGAAACUCCACCCCCAACUGCUCCAGUUUACUAUAAUGUGACCAAUUUAAUGGACACUAGCAGUAAUAUGGAUGACCCACAAGGAACAGGAGUACCUUAUAGCAGCAACAAGAUUUUUGAUCCUGUGCUGCAGCCAGUUUUCGGUUCUGUAGGCGGUGCACACGCCUCUAGAUAUCCAGUUCAACAGACAUGCAAGCCUGCUAGAAAGGAGGAGGUAGCUGAAGUUAAUGUAGCCAGAAGAGAAGAGGCAACUAAAAGGAAACAUGAACAAGCAAGUUCUUCCCUUGGAUCAUCAAGUUCAGCUGCAAAAGUCAUCCACAGAAGAAAAGCAGUGACAAAGGAAAUGGAAGCUGAAAAGAGGAGAUGCAUCAACAACAAAAGUAAAGUUUCUGGUCAAAAGAACAACACAAAUAAAGUUGUUGGGAAGUCAACAAGUUCUGCCGCUGAUGGUGAUUCAGGUCCACAGAUGCAUCCAGCAAAAAGAAAAUCUGCUUCUUCCAUUGGAACAUCAGGAACAAAGAGGCGUAAAAUGCCUUCUGAUCAUAAUUCUGGUAAUGCUAGGACUAGCUUUGGAAAAGUGUUCCUGCAGUUGGAGACAGAGAUCCCAGGCUUAAAAAUGGAGAAGAUGAAACUUCAAAUUCGGGACAAACUAGAAGAAUUCAAAAGUAGAAGGGCCAACGUAGAAAAUAAAGGAAACGUGCAUGUGAGUUUAGAAAAAAAGAAGACAUGGAAGUGGAAGAAACCUGCAACACUCUUUGUAUACACAAGGAGAAACCGUAAGGAACACAGGAAAGAGCCUGGAGUGGAUGCCAUUGGUGCUGGUUCUUCUCACAAGCAUUUGGAUGGCAAAUAUAGUUGCUUGGAUCAAGUGCCAUCUUCUGAUGAAGGAUCUUGUGUAAUGCCGGUCCCCGAAGCAGAUUUCUACACUUUUGGUGAUCAUCCUGAAACUUCUUUUCAAAAUGGCCAAAUAUGGGCUGCAUAUGAUGAAGAAGAUGGUAUGCCACGCUACUAUGCUUUGAUUCAGAAGGUGCUCUCGAGACAUCCUUUUAAAGUUAGACUGGCUUUCCUCAAAGCAAAGGACUGCAGUGAAUUUGUAACUUCAAAUUGGAUCUCAUAUGGUUACUCCAAGACCUGUGGUGAUUUCAUAGUUGGUACGCCAAAAAAUACUGACCAACUGAAUACAUUUUCUCAUGUUGUCACAUGGGAGAAAGGCCCAGGUGGUAUCAUCAGAAUUUUUCCCAGGAAAGGUGAUAUCUGGGCCCUAUAUCAGAACUGGUCUCCUGAAUGGAAUACAUGUACACCUGAUGAUACCAUAUACAAGUAUGACUUGGUCCAGGUUCUUGAUAGCUACAACCCAAGUGCAGGCAUUUCUGUCAUGCCUAUAGUGAAGGUUCCGGGGUUCGUUUCAGUGUUUACGCCCCUUCUUGACCCAACGAAAAGCAGGACAAUUCCGAAGGAGGAGAUGCUGCGAUUUUCUCACCAGGUGCCAUUCCAUGUCCUUACUGGAGAAGAAGCUAAGAAUUCUCCCAAGGGAUGCUAUGAAUUGGAUCCUGGUUCUACUCCGAAGGAACUUCUUCAAGUUGUUCCACAAUCUGACGGCGUAUAAAAUAAGUCCCGUAGCUGAUGCUGAUGCUAGCUCUAGCUUGUACUUAGUGGCUGAACUAUUUUUUCGCUUUUUUAUAUCCUGGAAUCAUUGGGGUAAUACCGGUUUCUUUAGUAUUGUACAAUACUACAAUACAUACCCAAUGCUGUGUAUGUUUUGACCUGUAAGCUCCCCAUGUUGUUUUGAUGUAUUAGUAAACAUGGCUAUCUGUAAGUUCCUAGAUAUUUCUGGCCAGUUAGCCAUAUUAUUAUUUCUUGAUGUUUCUCAUCAAGAGCAGUAGAAACUUUAGAA